AAGAAACUCGCUCAGUAGUCAGCUGCUUUUAGAAUGAAUCUGUUGUUUCUCAGCCGGCGAAUUUUCCUGGGCGAUGGCAGCCACAACGGCCUAAUCCAUGGCGGCAUCAUCGUGGACACAGAGGGCAUUAUACGAAGGGUGCUACGCUCGGCGCAGGAGGUCAACACCUAUUUGUACAACACCGAAUCCGAAUCGGUUUACGAUUUUGGGGACCUGGUCCUGAUGCCGGGUCUAAUUGACCCCAAUGUCCAUAUCAACGAGCCGGGUCGCCGGGAUUGGGAGGGUUUUGCCAGUGCCACCAAGGCGGCCGCCGCUGGUGGCUUCACCACAAUCAUCGACCGACCGACCAACGCCCAACCACCCACCGUUAGUGUGGCCCAUCUCAAGGCCAAGACAUCGACGGCCCGUGGUAAGAUCUACGUGGACGUGGGUUUCUGGGGCGGACUAGUGCCCGGUAACGUGGAUCAGCUGGCUCCUCUGCUGAGUGCCGGUGUCAUGGGUCUGCAGUGCACAUUAUGCGAUCCCGCGGCGCCUGUCACUCAGGAAUUUCCCGCCGUUAACGAAGCCCAGCUGGAGGAGGCUCUUUCCCAGUUGGACCAGGAUCAUGCGGAAGGUGAAGCUGUGAUAGCGGUGCACGCCGAGCUGCCGCUGCCCACCGAAAUCCAUCCCGACGAGGAGGCGCCCCGGGAGUAUGGCACAUUCCUGGUGACCCGGCCACCCCAAAUGGAGAUUUCCGCGACGCAGUUGCUCGGCCGACUGGCGUGUCGCCACCCACGGCGCUGCAUACAUAUCCUGAACUGCAGCAGCGGCGAAUGUCUGCCGCUGGUGGAGGAGUGUCGCCGGCAGGGCGGGAAUCUAACGGUGGACACCUGUCCGCAUUACCUGGCCCUAGCGGCCGAGGAGGUGCCCGAUUGCGGCACGGAGUUCAAGACCUGGCCACCGAUUCGGGAGCGCCGCAAUCAGGAGCAAUUGUGGCAGGCUCUCAGGCUGGGCGGAGCCAUCCGGAUGAUUGGCAGCGAUCACUCGCCGGCGACGCCAGGCGCACGCGCCCUCACCUGCGGUAGGGGGCGUGGCAACUUCCUGAGGGCGUGGCCGGGCAUCAACUCGCUGCAACUCAGCCUGCCGGUCGUCUGGACGGCGUCCAAUCGGCGUGGUUCCAACUUGACCAUCGCGGACAUCCAUCGUCUGAUGUGCCAGGAGCCGGCGAACCUGUGCGGCUUGUCCGCCUCAAAGGGCCGCAUUGCCGACGGCUACGAUGCGGACUUCUGUGUGUGGAGCCCGGAGGAGGAGUUCACCGUGUGCCCGGAGCAGCUCUACACGGCCACCAAGGCCACCCCGUACGCGGGUCAAAGGUUGCGGGGCGUGGUGCAUGCCACGGUGGUGCGGGGUCUGCAUGUCUACCAGCAGUUCGAGGGCUUCGGCCAGCCCCUGGGCAAGGUGCUACUCCGGAGGAGCAGCCGAAAACUGGUGAAGUUCGUGAGCAUGUGAGGGAUGGGAAUGGCAGGGAUUUGUGGCGCUGUGGAUGCGAGUUGGGCGUACGAAAGUGGACUGAGGUGAACUGUGCUGGACUGGGGGUAAACUUUGUUAAUUAAAUUCAUUCAGAGAUUGGGAUGUGUUCGUUGAUAUGUAUUCCGAAGUCACCCGCCCUUCUGAUACACUGCCCCAGGGGUAUAGUUCUUUUGAGGCAAAUGAUUCAAAUGUUAGCAAUAUUGAUGUCUUUCUCUUUAACAAGGCAACGCACAUUUAAAGAAAUGGAUAAGUCUGACUUGAGGAGGUUUAGCAUUAGAUAUACCAAUAAUUGUGUACUUAAAAACAUAAUUGAUAAGUGACUGGCAAAUGCCUUGAAUUUUCAGCGGAAAAGCGUUUCCUCUCGUUAUAAGCCCCAACAAUUUGCUCAAUAAAGUUGAUAUUAAUAACCAAA